CAGCUCCCGAGAGAGGCGACCUCCUGCCUUAAACGCCGCUGUCUUGUCUGCAAUUUGUUAUCUUCGCCGUAGCCUUUCUUGUCAAAGUUCAAAAAAUUGGAAAAGUUGCAGUGUGAAUCAUGACGUCAAAGCCGCCCCAUCCGAUGGACGACGAGUCUAUUGUAGACCCUCUACAGUGUCCGCCUCUUCGCUGGGGGCUUAUCGGUUGCGGCCGCGUUUCGCAUGACUUUACACAAGCACUAAAGCACCUUCCAUCAGCAAGCGUCGUUGCUUGUUCUGCACGAGAUGAGAAUAGAGCGAAAGAAUUUGCCGAUAAACAUGGAAUUUCGAAGGCGUAUGGAGAUUACGAAAGGCUAAUUGCAGAUAAGGACGUUGACAUUAUCUACGUUGGGAAUCUACACGCUUUUCGUCGCUCUGUUGGAGAGCGCUGUUUGAAAGCGAACAAGCACGUCCUCCUGGAGAAGCCGUUUGCAUGUACGGCCUUAGAUGCUUCAUAUUUGAUUGGCCUUGCGAAGGAGAGAAAUUUGUUCCUAAUGGAGGGAAUGUGGACGCGUUUCUUUCCUGCGUUUGAACAAGCUCGGCGUAUUGCUUUUGGCUCGAAUGAGGGCGAAAGUAUUUUAGGUGAAGUUGUGUCUGUCUUCUCAGAUUUUAACUUCAAUGCUUCGGAUUCGGAAAUUUAUCCCAGCUCAUUUGUCUACAAUAGAAAGUUAGGAGGAGGUGCUAGUCUAUUGACGGGGCCAUAUCCCAUUGCGGCAGCGACAGCUUUUUUUCCUGCUUCAACUCCGGACAACAUAAAAGUUGUUGGACAAGUCGAUGAAUUAACUGAGGGCAGCAUUGACAGCAGCACCGCUGAAUGUACUCCGAAACUGCCGGGAAGUGGCGUGGCUACUCUAAGCUACGGAAUGCUUGGUGAGAGCGUUGAAGAAACUACCGUUGUUGGUACGAAAGGUCGUUUGACGAUCAAAACUCCUGGUCAUUGUCCUACGAAGCUGAUUGUGUCCUUGAAAUCCACCGGAAGAGCUGCUGCUUCCCAGACGAUUGAGUUUGAUUUCCCUCUACCCAAGGACACGGAUGAUAUCAAGACAGCGGGCGGAUUCGUGUACCCAAAUAGUGCAGGCUUUUGCUACGAGGCUGCGGCUGUGGCGCGCUGCAUAGCGUCGGGAAAAACCGAGGCGCCACAGUAUACCCUAGCUGAGACGAUGUUAGAGAUGGAAAUUUUAGAUGAAGUUCGUAAGCAACUC